GUAACAAAAAGAAGCUAACCCUAGUACCUUUACUUUUUUUCUUCUGUCUAAAAUUUCUCGCAGCAAACUUCAUCUUCUUCCAUUAACAAUGGAAGUAGAUACAUUGGACGUAAUACCACACGAUCCCUACAACGACAAUGACAUCGACGCCACACCAAAGAAAUCCGCCCGCCUCGGCAAGAGAAAGAACUACACGCACGACGACACUAGCCAGCUCUCUGCGCGCAAAAAGAAGGAGAUGCGAAUCCGAUUAUCGCUAACGAAACCUUCCUACGUUCUCGGACUCUCUCCUGAACCUUUAAGAUCCGAACAUCGUCGGAGAUUGCAGUACCUGCUUCGUAAGCUCGUUAAUCAACAGGAUUGGGUUGGAGCUAGUGGUGUUAUUAGUGUUUACUUGAAAGGAACUCUUAAGGAUAGUUCUAUCUCGAAGAAUCGUUUCAAGUAUUGGACUUUACUAGAGCUUCUUAAGCAUGUGGGAUACCGUUCUAUGAAUCGGAUGAUGAUCUACGACCUUUGGUCGAAGAAGAUUGGAUCAUUGAAGUGUCGAUCGACGAAGACUUGGGAAGUAGAGAGUAGAGGUGCAGUUCAUUUGGAGCACAUGUUGUUCAAUCUUAUGCAAGGCGAUGCUGAGACGGCAUAUCAGCUUUCUGAAUGCAUUGAGCAAGAGAAAGCUGAUAUUGAUCCCGUUUCAAAGAUAACGUUGGGUUUGACAUUCUAUGAGCGGUGGUAUUCUUCUAUUCCCGAAGAAUUUCAGUGGAGAGAUUUAGAUCAAGUUGACGGUCAAGAGAACUCACGUAUGGAGGGAACUUCAUUCAGCAACAAAGUUAGACAGUCAGAGUGGCGUAAUACAGUUGAGUCGCACAUGACAGACUCCCAAACCCAAUGCUACUCAGAUUCAUCUGUCAUGAAUAAUAGGCAAAUGUCUAAGGAUGUUGGCCCUAGUAAUGAUAUGAUUGUUCCCAUGAAUGUUAAAGCUAACCAUAAAAGAGAAAAACCGCGUCAAAUCUUUCAGCCACGAGAUUUUUACUUGGGUUCUGAUGAAAAUCAAGUAACAGGAGAUCCUUUUUCUAACAGCGGAGGUCAUACACAAGAAAUCUUGAAUGCUCUUGGGAGACUUGAUUUGUGGUUGCUGCCCUUGCGUUUUGAGAAUGUUAAUGGUUUGUUGGAAUUCAUGAUCAUGCACCGAAAUCAAUUCAAUGAAAACUAUAAAAAUGCAGUAGAGUAUUUUCAACUAGCUCUUAACUCAACAUCCUUUGCAUCAGCAGCAUUGCUUCCAUUAAUACAGCUGCUGCUGAUUGGAGGUCAAGUUAAUGAUGCUUUAACUCUGCUUGAGCAACAAUGCGAUAAUUCAUAUCCUGUACUCCCAAUUAGAUUACGAGUGAUUCUCUUGGAGCAUUUUGAUCGAAACAACUCUCUCUUGAUUCAAAGUUGUUAUGAGGAUAUAUUAAAGAAGGAUCCAACCUGUUGUGAUUCUUUAGCAAAACUUAUAACGAUGCACCAAGAAGGAGACUAUAGUCUUGAAUCUCUUCUGGAAAUGAUUGCUUUACAUUUGGAUGCUACAGACGCCGAGCACAAUACAUGGAAGGUGCUAGCUAUAUGUUUUUCUAAACUGUCUCUCCAUGAAGAAGACAUCUUGUCUACAUGCUCCAUUCAAAAGGAUAAAGUACAGGGCCUGCAACAUUCCUCUCGCGAAACCCCAAAAAUAUUUACAGAGGGUAUAUCAGCAAAAUCUUGGAAUCUUCGCUGUCGGUGGUGGCAAACAAAAUAUUUCAGCAAUAGCAAGUUUGAGUCAAAUAUCAAAACUGGUGAUUUACGUUUGCUCACGUACAAAGCAGCAUGUGCAUUAUACAUGUAUGGACAAGAGUUCAGCUAUGUUGUGAAAGCCUAUUCUCAUUUAGAAAGAGAAAAUAACAAGGAUUUAUUGCUAUUCUUGGCUGAGCACAAGAGAAAUUCAUAUGGAAUUUACGAUAAAAAUUCAAAAAAAAGUAAAUGUUUAAGAUGAAAAUGAUAAGAUAUAUUUAUUGCAUCGUGAAUAUCAUUAUUUUAUCUCAGUUUUGGGUAGCUUUUUUCAUGGUUUAAAUUGUAUACUAUAUACAGUUUUGUAUGAGUUUGUUGUCCAUUAUCGCACAUAAAUAAGAAGCCACGAAUUGCAAAUGUA